AAAGUGACAGUUAAGUUGGAAACUUGACUUUGAAGAAAAAUUUGAACCUUGGCGAUUUCUAAAAUUUUCGCAUUUGUAGUUAGGCGGGGCAUACGUUUGUUUUAGUGAAAAAACUGUUAAUACACAUACUGGAACAAUUUGGGAAACUUCCCAGAUAAAGAAUUGCUUAGUCUUGUGUCCAAUACUAACAAGUAGCUCAAAAAUGUCCCUAAGAUUUUUUACUAGAAUGAUUUUGCCAAAUACACUUCACAAGUUACAGAUGUUAAACACUUCUGUAUAUAAUUUAAAUAAAACCCUGCCAUCCGUGCGCACUUUAAGCCUAAAUUUACCGAUAAAUACACACCAGCCAAGGCGAUUGUUCUCUGAAGAUGCCAAACUUCAAGAAAUGAUUGUAGACUAUGAUUUUGUAAAGAAUGCUACAACAAACAAAAAUAUUUUAAUUGUUGAUGUUCGCGAACCUGAGGAAGUUAAGGAACAUGGCAAAAUCCCUAACAGCAUUAACAUUCCUUUGGGAAAUGUAUCAACUGCCCUGAACUCAAUGUCAGAGAAGGAAUUUGAACAAACAUAUGGUCAGGAAAAGCCAUCAGAAGAUAAAGAAAUAAUCUUUUAUUGCAUGAUCGGAAAGAGGUCUGGCAUGGCCCAGCAAAAUGCUAUAAGCGCUGGAUACAAGAAUGCCAAAAAUUAUGUUGGAAGCUGGAAUGAUUGGGCAAGCAAAAAUCAAUAGAUCAUAAAUACUAUGUUUUACAAAAUCAUCUUAUGCAUUUUAUAGAUUCAAAAAACUAGUCAUGUAAUGUUAUCCAUAAAUAUUGUAUUUUUAUUAUUAAAAAUAUUGUGGUAUAAA